ACAUGGUCCAACUGUACCGAUGGUUCAAGAUGAGAUCAGAAUGACUAGAAAUUAUCUACCCGGUCCCGGUCUGAUAAAUGUGUGACACAUACAGAAAAAAAAUUCACCUCGGUGCCAUUGUGUAUACGCUGUGUGCUUAUGCACGUAUAUUACGGUACAGCGGCUGCUAGAUACUUUUUUUGUCUUCGCAUGUGUAUUACAGUCUUGCUCAACUGCAAUAACGAUUGUUGGUAUUCAUGGCCGACCACAUGGAUCCAGAGAAGGUCGCAAAAAACAUCAUUAUAAGUGCUACAAUGCAUCCGAACAAACAUGAAUAGACACGAAUGAAAGAGUGGCCAUGGUGAAAUUGCAAAGUUUGAUAGUUUUCUAAGACAGAUUUUUCGAAGUUUUGGAAGUACUUCAACACGAGCAAAAGGCGCAGGCAGCGAAAGUGGAAUUCCUGACGAUUUUUUAUGGGGCGCGAAGUGUUAUGUAAGGGGUCUGAUUUUUGUUCCGAGAAGGCCAGUUGUGGCGUCAGUACAUGCCUAUAAAUGGAUAUAACUUCGGCCAAGAAAGGUGUUUUAGAGCAGCUGGCCAAGUUUUGAUUGGUAUUGGCUGUUUCAGGUGACAGAGUGAGAUUGGGACGCGAAACGUUGGAAGGUGUAUGAGCGUUAUUGUGCCGAGGAUAGGGUAUUUCUACAGAGGCUUGAUAAAGAGAACGAUGAGGUGAACGAAAUGGUAGCGAGCGGUCCGUACAAUGGCGGUCGUGCCAACAAGUAUGUCGGACGAAUGCAUUUUGGUUUUUUAUUGACGGUGAGUGGAUGUCGAAAUUGGCAGUAGCACAAUCUUUUUGGGCGCGUUUUGACCGCACAGAAUUUUUUAGAGACUUGGGAACAUUUUCGCUAUUGAAUUGGCUACGGUGAAAGAAGAGAGGGAAAAAGUGAGGGAUUGCUUGAUCUUUUUGGAAUAAUUGAUUAGGUUUAUCGACAAAGAUAAUAGAAUCUGUAAGUGGAGUUCUUUUUGAAAGCGUCGAUUCCAACAAGGGGAUUUCAUUUUGGUUGAAUCCCAGCGUUUCGAACAAGGCGGUUAUAAAAUGGUAGAUAGAGAUGAUCUGUAGGUAAGUGUUUUGAGCUUCUGGCGUAUUGGUGCAGAUGUCUUUUGAAUUUGCUGUGGGUAUAUGCAUUUGAUGGCCGAUUAGUUUUUGAAUUUUUCGAUACGGUUCGAAUCUCAGAUUUGCAGAGGCGGUUUUGUCGGUAGAUAGCAAAUUGAAUGAACAUUCUGAAGUUUGGUCUGAGCAAGAAGCGGUCUUUAUAUUUAGAGGCGAAACAAGUAGACUUGGCAUUUCCGGCAAUGAAAGUUGUCUCCUCAACUUAGCUAUUUCCAGCAUUGCUUCUAGGAGGGCAUUCUGUAACAUCGACACUUUUUUUACAGAUUCUUCGAAUGCUUUUUUGGUCUGCGCGAGUGUCAGCUGUGACUCUAUCAAACAUUUUUCUAACCAAUCUCUUUUUUCGUCUCUUUCAUGGUAAGGUUGUGUCAGUAUAGAUGUUGGGCUUUCUAGCUGAGCAUCUUCUGCCUCAAGUUUUUCUGCCAGUCUUGCUUCGGAGAAUUUGAUACAAUCCAUUGAAUUGUGGACGGACAUAGGAGCCUGGACUUGAGAUUUUGAGUGCCCAUCCUUGGGUUGUUGAUAGAUUUGUCUAUCGCAACUGAACGCCUUGGCUUCUUGGCAUCGGCAGACGAUUUUGGACAGUCUUGCUUGAAGUUCGAGUGUUUCUAGAGAUUUUUGGUAGAAUAGUUUUUUGGCUUGUUUGAACUGAGUUAGGAGCGUCAAAUGGUCACUUUCUAACGCGUCGAAAUCUUGUUUGCUUUCUUUCAGCCAUGUCUCCAUAGUGUGUAUUUGUGCCCGGUAUUUUUGGUUGAUGGACCUGAGUUCAUCAAACAGGUCGGGACCGUUAUUUUUGCACGAGCUGGGCGGGUCGGAACGAGCGAACGGAUGGGGCGCGUUUGGAAGCGUGUGCACAUCGCAUUUAACCAAAUUGGACGAACGAGAAAGGGAGAACAUGGCAGGUCGAAUCCAGAAUCGACUCGUUUGAACUGUACAUGAUUCGAGUUUGAAAGAGGUCGCAUAACGCGCUCGUUGAGCCCACAAAUUCGAGAAAAACCAAGGCUUUGUAUAUGGAUAGGGGAUAUAACAUUUUUCAUGAGGCAUUUAUAUUUUCUCAGCAUUGUGCCGAGCGGACCGAAAUUAAUACCUUGGCUAUGGCCUUGCGAAUGGAAAAAUUGGUCGGCGCCUUCGGAGAGGUUCGGGAGAGAUGGUCAUGAACCUGCGCAAGACAUGAAAAAAAAACCAGGGGAUUCGCAGACGCCUUUACUUUUUAGGCCAAUGCUCGCCUUGAUAUAUCUUUGAGUGAUGGAAAUACGGGAACGGUGAUAGGAAGAGAGCUCGACCACGCUUAGUUUUAAGAAAAGAAUUUUAAAUGUUUUUUAUACAAAAAUUUUCAUUGAGAAAGUAGAUGUUUUGGCGUUGCAAUACAAUGUCAACACUUCCGACUCCUUCUUCGGAGCCGCCGGUAGUUCGUGGCGCUGAAGAUUCGAAUAUAUUCAUAUUGGUAAAUCUACUUUCUGGAUAUACGUCGAAGGAUCUUAAACGAUUAAUUUCUUGUGAGGACAGUGCCUAUUUUGAAAUUGUUCGAGGCGACGUUCAGAAUGCACGACAAAAUGUGAACAUCACAACACUAUGCCAGUUGCUUCCUGAUCACAUUUUGUUGUGCUUAUUGAGGGAGGAUGAGAAAUAUUGGAUACCCUACAUAAUCAAGGCUUACAAGCUGCUAUUUCAUGUUUUGAGUCUUAUAAAAAAAAGAGGCAGUUAUUCGGCGCAUGUGGUGAUAGAUCAGUACAUUUUCAACAAGAUAUUGGACUCGGUGAUUUUAUCUACGGUCAUUAGUAUACAAAUUAUGGCUAGAACAGAAGAUUGCUACAAGUACCAAUUAAAUUCGGAAUUUUUGUUUCAUAGUUUCUUGGUUUUGGAUUACUUGCUCAGUUCUGAAUUACAGAUGCAAAAGGCAGAAUUGACGGAAAUGGUGUCAGUGCAUCCUAAGGCAUGCGUGUUUAUUGUGGCUAUCCUCGACAUGUUGAGCCUCAUAUUGCAUCACCGGAAGCUACUUCCAUCUCGAGAAGAUGGGAGAUACCAUUUCACCACCACGCGUGCGAUUGUUUCAAUUCUUGAUAUUUUGAACAUCCUUUGCACGUCUGAAGGCUUCAUGGUCAUGUUUAUCGAGAAGAGCAAAGGGCAUUCGCUGGUCGAAUCUUUUUUGAUCAUCUUCAAAAACCACGAACAGUUUGGUGCAUCUGCAUACUAUUCGGCGCUCAAAUUACUGAAUCGCUUGUGCGAUGGGAAGUAUUCCUUUCUGCAGACGAUAGCCAAGCUACCUGAGAAUAUAAACUUCGACCAGAUCGUGAAGCUGACUAUCUGCACUGCUUUGAGUCUAGUAACGAAACCGAGUUGCACUGAUACCGUCAAAAGCGAGGCCGCCAAGUUUUUGCUUACGUUAUCUCAGAACGAACAUUACACUCAAAAAAUCAUCAAUUUUGGUACCAAAUUUUUCCUUGAAUAUUUUUCUCUUUCUUCGAAUGAAUUCAUGAAAAACUUAAACUCUGCAGCCGCCGAUGUCGUGAUUUAUUUGUUCGUCACGGUUGGCUACCUGCACGCUUAUCAACCUAAAGGAGAUGGUCAUUCUUUUUUGGAAACGGUCUUGGAGAUUUUGAACAACGCAUGUGGAAAUGGGCUUCUGUUAAAGAAGUCAUACUCGAUCAAGAACCAAAUAUAUAUUCCGGUCAUCUUAGCUAACCUCAACUCUGUACUUUAUUAUUUAGUCUACAAUCAAAGUUAUAGAGAAGAGUUGUCAGUCCAAGUGACCAAGCAGCAAGCUGUCAUCUCAAUCAACUUCCGAAAAGACCUUGAAAAGAUGCUGGAUUUUGACAACAGUUCGUUCGACGAAAUGAUCUCCCAGCAGUUUGAUAAGUGGACAGAUAGCCCAAACGAAAAAUUAGAGUAUUUUUCGAAUACGACAACUUCGGCAAGGCGUAGCGUGCCCGCUUCUGGAAUGGCGAUCAACCAUUUGACACCUACCAAGAAAAAAAGCAAAAAAACGGCUUCUUAAAUUGUGUUGGCGAAUAACAGACACAUAUUGAAGUUCGCUUUUAUGUGUCAAAAUGGUUCUGAUGGUUCAGGGGGUGGGGCGUGCACCUUUUCUGCAUAAGGAAGUCCCGUGGCGAUAUCGAGCAAGUGAGGACCAGAUGGCCAUACUUUGGGUCCACCGCCGAUAUUUGUGUAGAUGAUAUGUUUCAGAGCAUUUUUUAUUACGGGCAAGUCAAGGUAGGUUGAAAGUUGGUCUGGAAUCAAUUCUGGCUCCCAGUCUGCUUCCGAGCGUGGAUAAUAGUAAUUCAAAACGCGCUUGAGUUCCUGAAAGUUUUCUUUCAAUGUGUAAAUGACCGCAUUGGGCCCGGCGUCGAAAGUGUACGCGGCUUUGAUCAU